CGGGCGGGGGGGGCGGCGGCCACUGAGAGAGAGGGGAUGCAGUGACGUCCCCUCUCACCUUCCCUCCGGUGCCCUCUAGGUGCUCGGUACAGUGCGCUCAUUCGGCCUGUCCACCGGCUGCCCGUCUUCUCUUCUCACUCAUCUCCGAAACCGCCGGAAUCAUGGCGUGCCUGCUGAGGAUCGCGGCCUGCGGGCGCAGCGCCGGCACCAUCCCGUCAGCACUCGCCGGCACCGGCCGCCUGUGCGUGCCGGGUGUCGGUUGCACCCGCGCCGCUCACCGCACCGUCACCACCCUGCGCCGAUGCGUCCGCCCAAGGCAGCUGGCGCGAUGCUUCCGUGCCCAGGCGCCGCAGAUGAGCCAGGCGCCGGCCUCCGGGACAGGAAUCCCGUACGCGCAGAUCACGGUGGGCGUGCCCAAGGAGAUCUUCGCCAACGAGCGGCGCGUGGCACUGACGCCGGCCGGCGUGCAGGCGCUCAUCAAGCAGGGCUUCAACGUCGCCGUGGAGACCGGCGCCGGAGAGGCGGCGCAGUUCUCCGACGCCGAUUACCGCGCCGCCGGCGCCACCAUCGCCGACAAGAAGGCCGCGUUCGGAGCCGACAUUGUCCUCAAGGUGCGGGCACCGGUGGCGCUGGCAGAGGCGGGGCGGCACGAGGCGGAGCUGCUGCGUGAGGGCUCGACGCUCGUGAGCUUCGUGUACCCGGCGCAGAACCCCGAGCUGCUGAAGCUGCUGGCGGGGCGGCAUGCCAGCGUGCUGGCCAUGGACCAGGUGCCGCGUGUCACCAUCGCCCAGGGAUACGACGCGCUCAGCUCCAUGGCCAACAUCGCCGGGUACAAGGCUGUGGUUCUCGCUGCCAACAACUUUGGCCGAUUCUUCACCGGGCAGAUCACGGCUGCUGGGAAAGUACCGCCCGCCAAGGUCCUUAUCAUCGGUGGCGGCGUGGCUGGCCUGGCUGCUGCCGGCGCCGCCAAGGCCAUGGGUGCCAUCGUGCGUGGCUUCGACACCCGAGUGGAGGCACUGGAGCAGUUCAAGUCGCUGGGUGCCGAGCCGCUGGAGGUUGACGUGAAGGAGUCGGGCGACGGCGGUGGCGGCUACGCCAAGGUCAUGUCCAAGGAGUUCAUCGAGGCCGAGAUGAAGCUGUUCGCCAAGCAGUGCAAGGACGUGGAUAUCGUCAUCACGACUGCGCUCAUCCCAGGUAAGAAGGCCCCCGUGCUGAUCACGCGCGACAUGAUCGAGUCGAUGAAACACGGCUCUGUCGUCGUCGAUCUGGCGGCCGAGGCCGGCGGCAACAUCGAGACGAUAACGCCGGGAGAGCUCACCGUCCACAAGGGCGUGACCCACAUCGGCUACACGGACCUGCCGAGCCGCAUGGCGACGCAGGCGAGCAACCUCUACUCCAACAACAUCAUCAAGCUGCUGCGCGGCAUCAGCCCCGACAAGGAGUUCUUCCACUACAACCUGACGGACGACUUCGACCACGGCACGCUCGACCACAUCGUGCGAGGCACGGUCGUCAUGCAGGACGGGAAAGCGAAGUUCCCGGCUCCGAAGCCGCGGACGGCCCCCGUUGUCUCCGCGCCCGUGAAGCGCAAGACGGUGGCCGAGCUGCAGGCCGAGAAGGACGCGCUCACGACCCCGUUCCAGCGCACGCUCUCAUCGGCUGGCGUCUUCACAGGCGGUAUGGGCGGCAUUGUGGGCCUGGGCCUGCUGGCGCCCAACGCCGCCUUCAGCCAGAUGGUGACGACGUUCGGGCUGGCCGGCAUCGUGGGCUACCACACGGUGUGGGGCGUCACCCCCGCCCUGCACUCGCCGCUCAUGUCCGUCACCAACGCCAUCUCCGGUUUGACGGCCGUGGGGGGUCUGAUGCUGAUGGGUGGGGGGCUCCUGCCAAGCGGGACCCCUCAGACGCUAGCGCUGCUCGCAGCCUUCAUCUCCUCCAUCAACAUCGCCGGCGGCUUCCUUGUUACGCAGAGGAUGCUGGACAUGUUCAAGCGUCCGACAGACCCCCCUGAGCACAACUAUCUCUACCUGCUGCCCGCAGCCACCAUGGUUGGGGGCUACGCAGCCGCGCUGCACGGCGGCUACCACAUCGAGCAGAUGAUGUUCUUGGGCUCGGGCCUGUGCUGCGUGGGAGCGCUGGCGGGGCUGUCGACGCAGCGCACGUCGCGCCUGGGCAACACGCUGGGCAUGAUCGGCGUCGCCAGCGGCCUCGCUGCCACGCUGGGCUACCUGCACCCCUCGCCCGAGCUGCUGGCGCAGAUGUCGGGCGCGAUGGCGCUCGGGGGCACCGCCGGCCUGACCAUCGCCAAGCGCAUCCAGAUCUCGGACCUGCCGCAGCUGGUGGCCGCGUUCCACAGCCUGGUGGGGCUGGCGGCGAUGCUGACGUGCGUGGCAGAGUACAUGAUCGAGUACCCGCACCUCGCCACCGACCCGGCCGCCGGCCUCAUCAAGUCCGUCGCCUACCUGGGCACCUACAUCGGUGGCGUCACCUUCAGCGGCUCCCUCGUGGCGUACGGCAAGCUGCAGGGCGUGCUGAACUCGGCCCCGCUGCUGCUGCCCGGCCGGCACGUCCUCAACGCCACGCUGAUGGCGGCGAGCGUGGGCACCCUGGUGCCCUUCAUGCUGGACCCCAGCUACGCCACGGGCCUCACCUGCCUGGGCACCGUGUCCGCCCUCUCCGCCAUCAUGGGCGUGACCUUGACAGCCGCCAUCGGCGGGGCGGACAUGCCGGUGGUGAUCACGGUGCUCAACUCGUACUCGGGUUGGGCUCUAUGCGCCGAGGGCUUCCUCCUCAACAACAACCUCCUCACCAUCGUGGGGGCCCUCAUCGGCUCCUCGGGCGCCAUCCUCUCCUACAUCAUGUGUGUGGCGAUGAACCGCUCGCUGGCGAACGUGAUCUUGGGCGGGUUCGGAACGUCGGCGACAGCGGGCGGGAAGCCGAUGGAGAUCACGGGCGUCCACACGGAGGUGAACCUCGAGCAGGCCGUGGAUCUCAUCAAGGAGGCCAACAACAUCAUCAUCACGCCCGGCUAUGGCCUGUGCGCUGCUAAGGCGCAGUACCCGAUCGCCGACCUCGUGAAGAUGCUAAAGGAUAGCGGAAAGAACGUCCGGUUUGGCAUCCACCCGGUGGCGGGCCGCAUGCCCGGACAGCUCAACGUGCUGCUGGCCGAGGCCGGCGUCCCCUACGACAUGGUGCUCGAGAUGGACGAGAUCAACGACGACUUCCCACAAACGGACCUGGUGCUGGUGAUCGGCGCCAACGACACCGUCAAUUCGGCGGCGCAGGAAGACCCCAACUCCAUCAUCGCCGGCAUGCCCGUGCUGGAGGUGUGGAAAGCCAAGCAGGUGAUCGUGAUGAAGCGGUCGCUGGGCGUCGGCUACGCCGCCGUGGACAACCCCAUCUUCUACAAACCCAACACCUCCAUGCUGCUGGGCGACGCCAAGAAGACGUGCGACGCUCUGCAGUCGCGUGUGCGCGACGCCAUUUCCUCCUGAGCAGCCCCCCCCCCCCGCCCCCCCACUCGUGCCACCCUCCCCCCCAACCCACCUCCUCCCCCUUCUCCUCCUCCCUGGGAGAGCGGUGCCCGGCCUCACCGGGCCACCCGGACCGCGGGCGACACGUCACCGGCGCGAGGACCCCGCUCAAUCCCGAUUGGCCGCUCACGGUGGUUAACGUGGUCACGUGUCAGCGGGGGCGGACGGGCAUCUUGAGCGUCGCUCCGCGGUCCCUUUCCCCCUGCAAAGCGAGGAAGAGGAGAGGGGGGGGGGGCAUUGUGGGCAGGGUGAGGCGCUCUCACGCCGUAGAUCGUUCUCGAUGACGGGUUGCGGUGGCGCCGGGAUUUUACACCGAAAACCUCGAAUUGUGUUCACGCCCCCAACCGUGCACCCCCCCCCCCGCCCCCUCGCGCACACCCCCACCCCGCCCCCCGUCAGGUGCUGUCCACCAGGCAGACAGAGUCAGGCUGCCGGGUGAACUUGUGCCAAAAUUUCCUGUCCAGCAUUCAUUUCCCGUGCCUCGCUGUCGGGGUGUCGAGGCAGGGCCCAGCGUCGCCGCGGCUGCUGCCCCCUCGCUCGACCGACCCGGCUCCAGGUUUUUACCGCAGCGAGCGAAAAACGCGAACACGAUUGUGUUUAUUGCGGUUGUUGUUAUUACCAUUUCUUUUAUUGUGAUUGUAGCCGACGUACCGUGCCGUUCCUUUGAGCUCUUGAGCGUUCCCCCGAUGGGCUUUGCACAUUGGGAGGGGCACCUCCAUUAGGGACCUCCCUGGCUCACCAAGGACUCUCGGCCUUGUUGUCGGGAGCUCGGUUUUUCAAGCGUCUUGGCCGCCCCGUUAAGGGACGGGUUGAAGAGGGAGGGGUGGGGUGUUGAAAAUUAGCGGCUCCGCACAACUUCUCCUGACCACGGCCACCCGCGAAGAGAGGCGUUUUAUUUAUUUCAAUCGCGACGAUGCACGUCCUUAGGAGCACGUCGGGCACACUCACCGGAAUAAGCGUGGCUUGGCCAGCAAUCCAGCAGCAGUGGAUUGAGCGUGGCUGCUGGUGGCAGAGGUGGUGGUGGCGGCGGCAGCGGCGGCAGCAGUAAACACAAAGACCAAUAUAAACCCACAGUGCCUAGGGGAAGCAGUGUGCAUGCGGGUCCCGAACCAGCAGGAACUCUUCCUUUUUUAUUUUAAAGUUCUCAAAACCGUUUUAAAUAUCAGCGUCACCACCGCCGUCGCCCGCGUGGUUUUUAACCGGAUCCGUUGUUUUGUAAACGCAUCUCGUGGCCUAACCCCGUGGGCCCCGCGCCGCUGCCUUGCCAGCGGCAACCCUCCCCACUUGCGUCGUCUCGGCGUGGUUUCUAGUCGACGGCCAACGCAGACCCUCGCUCGGAGAUCCCUUCACGGUCACCGGUGACGAUGCCACCGGUCCUUUGCCGUCUGUUUAUUUUUCGGUUGGAGCGGGGGGGGGGAGUGGUCUCGUAUCCCGCCCCCCCGUGUAGGGGUCCCCGGCAGUGGCGGCGGUGGCGGGGAGAGUCUUCGGUAUCCCACUGUGCCGAUGUGUGCCAAGGAUGAACCUGGCUUCUCGCUCUGCCCCCUUCGCGUCUCCCGACACGAGGCCAGGCCGGGGUCAGGGGUUGUGGCUAGGGACCCUGGCUCGGAGUCGAACCCCAGGUCAACCCGACGUGAGGCUAAUCUGGGUUAUUGCUAUAAAGUAUCAUUCGCCCUCGGUCAAACUUUGACCGAUGUUAACGUGGGUCCGAUUCGACUAUAAACAGCCCCGGUGCUAACUUCUCUGUCAAUGUGACCCCACCUAAUACUCGGAUAGACCUGGCCAGGGCUACAACCAGCCCUCUUCCCAGCAUACCCGGGGCUAAACCAGCUUAGGGUUUUGAAAAACCCUUUUCCUGAUGCUAACCCCCCCCCCUUACCAAAACUCGGUCCCACACGAGUCGAACUGGGUCGUGGCUAUAACCGAGUUUUAGCCCCGACUAAAGCGAGGCUAAACCAGCUUAGAGUGAAUGACCCCAUUCCUAGCCUGAACCCUGACCGCUGGGCUAACACGAGGCCGGACGAGGCUAGAGCCGUGCCCGAGCCCAGCCGCUGACCCUGAACCCAGCCUGGCUCCCGUGCGCCAGUUUCUAGGAUUGAGGCGGCGUAGCCUCAGGCGAGCUCGAGAUUCCAGAUUGACCCUCGCGCCGGGCUUGUCCGUCUCCAGGCCCUGCUGCCUGCUGCUGCGUUAACGAGGUUCACGUUAACGAGGUUCACGUUAACGAGGUUCACGUUAACGAGGUUCACGUUAACGAGGUUCACGUUAACGAGGUUCACGUUAACAAGGUUCACGUUUUGUGAUCGCAACUUGAAUAAAAACGAUCGCGCACG